AUGUCCGAUCCCACGUUUGCGAAGAAGCAUGUAGAUCAUAACACGGUACGUUUUGGCCACCACAGACUUAUCAUAUCUUCUUAUAAUAAUUUAUACGCGGUGAAUUUUGAUUCCAUCCGUGAUGGUUGUGGAGGAAUAAGGGAUUUGACAGCUGUGGAACUCGAUUAUCCGCUUAAAGAAGAUAAAGUUUUCUUACCGAAAUUGAAACCCAACCACCUUAGAAUCCAAGAAACUAUCGAACGUGUGGUUAAGCUUUUUGAUUGUAGCAAGAACGUCGACAAUUAUGUCUACUCAUUGAAGACAGAUUCGUGGAGGCGGAUAUGCAAUAUGCCUUAUAAAGAAGUCCGUUUCACUUCUUCUGUGGAACUCAACGGUGCAAUCCAUUGGAUUCCCGUGCUUGGUGGAGUAGAAACUCAAAAUGAGGUUACGGCGUUUGAUCUUAACACAAAGAAGUUACGAGUUAUGUCAAUCCCUGAUUUGGGCGAAGGAUGUGAGCAUAACUACGGAAGAUGUAUUGUCAGUACUCUUACAGGGCGUCUCUCUGUGGUUCAUUGGUGCUUCAAGAUACAUGAUGUCAUAUGGGUAAUGAAUGACUACGGGGUCGAGAGUUCAUGGACUAAGAUUCGAAUCAGCGUUUCUUUAGAAAGCAUGAAACCACAACCACUGUGUUCGACCAAGAAUGGCGAGGCGGUUUUGUUACUUGAUGGACACUUGGUCAUGUACAACUCUGAGCGUAGUACUUCGAGGAUUCUGAAAAUCAGCGGUGUUAAAUCCGGCAAUACGUACACGUACGUGGAGAGCCUCAUAUCACCAAACUUAUACGGUUAUAGUAUAGAGAGAUGA